GAAGAGAGCUGGGAUUUCACAAUAACGGGUCUUUACGGACAGCAGUGUGCUGCAACCAGCGUGACCCUGUAACACUCUGUGUGUUGGGGAGGACUAUUUGUCCGUGUCAAAAGUUUGAUGGGACUCACAACAAUCUGGAGCGUAAGUGAUGGUGUGAGGACUCGGUAAAGGGAGAUUCAUGCGCAAAAAUGCGGAUUUUUCUCCCUUUGCUGUGUUUUCUUUGCGCUUCACCGGUCCGCAGCAUUUUAGAAGGAACCUGCCUCAGAAAAGAGCCUCCUCCUGGUACGGUUGUUUUAUCCAUAGGCAGUAAGCUCCUUCUGACCUGCAGCGGUGAUGUAACAGUGGACGGAGUAAAGGUCAGAAACAGCUCAAACACCAACAGAACAGCCAGUUCUUCAAGUGCAACUCCAGCCACUGUAACUAUUAUAAGCCACACUGAAGUUUCGAUAAAAAAUGACAAACAUACUGUGGAGAAUGCUGUAAGUGAAAGGUAUCACUCUACUGAGGCAGGAGAAAACAGAAGCCUCAGACCAACAGAUACAGGACACACGGCUUCUCCCACCACUCACACGGUCCAGCCAGCUGGUGUGCACAGACUGCUAAAAGAAGAGUUGGAUGGCGAGGAGGAGGAAGAGGAGGAGGAGGAGGAGAGGGAGGAAGGGAGCAGAGUAACAAGGGGCAUAAAAUCGCGGUAUCAGUGGAAUAGGGACGGGAAAACAGUCGGAAAAGGAGACAAAGACUUUGAAGGAAUCACAUCUGAAAGGAGAGGAGCUACAUUGUCUCUGUCCUCAGUACAACUAACAGACUCUGGGGAGUACACAUGUUAUCACAGAGACAGAAGGAGGUUCUCCUUAAAAGUAAUCGUCGCAGGUCCUCCAGAGACUCCCAGCCUGUCCUGCUACAAAAGUUCACCCAGCAGUAAGAUUCGCUGUGAGUGGACACCAAAGAAGCCCAUCACCAGAAGGCCUACCUGUUACCUCUUACUCAAUAAAAGACCAACAGAGACAUUCCUUCGCUCGCAGUGCUCAUACUCCUCUCAGGCCUCUCGCUGCUGGUGCGCUCUGGACUACAACGAGGACGAGCUGAGAACCGUCCACUCUGCCUUCCUGUGUGUUACAAGCAUCGAAGGCAACGCCACCAGCCCUCUGCUGGACUUCACACCUCUGAGCAUCCUUAAGCCUAACCCUCCGACACAAGUGUCAGUCCAACCGAUAAAGGGACAGGUGACUAGGCUGAAGGUCACCUGGGGUUUUCCGAACUCCUGGAAGAUUCACGACAGACAUUAUGGUCUGAUGUAUGAGCUGAAAUACAGACCUGUCAAGUCCUCAUAUCAUUACGAGCAGGUAGUGACGAUUAAGAUGUCCCAUUCCUACAUUAUCACUGAUGCAAUGCCUGGUGUGGAGUACCUGGUACAGCUCAAAAGUAAAGAUGAAUAUGACGGUCUGUGGGGUGCCUGGAGUACACCUGCCUAUGGCAGUACUUGGAUAGCUCCAACAACAAUUGAACCUACCACAAUGUUGACAGACUAUACAGAAGAAAGCUCCGGUCAAGAGGAAACUGAGACUGUUGUUGAACCAGUGCCUCACAAAGUGCCACAUCACAUCCUGUGGAUCUCUGGGUCCUUUGCUCUCCUGUCAGUCAUUUUGGCUGUCUACAUAUUCAGACACAAGGACAGAUUUAUGUCUAAGCUCCAGAGUUUGAGUGUCUUCACCCAGUGUGGUGACUCGCCUCAGCCUGUGCCCUCUGCCCCAACAGCACCAGAAGGGCAGGCUCUGGUGACCUUUGGCCGUCCACGUUACAAAGAACCCCAAACAAUCGAUGUGGAGAAAGAGGAAGAGGAAAAUGAAGAACAACAGUGUGAGACUGAGAGGACAGAUGGCAUGCACUUCAACAACACAAGUUAUUUCUUCCUCCCACAGUAGUGAUGACCAGGCAGAAAGGGGAAUGACGACUUUGUGUUUUUGGCACAGCCAAAGGGAAAAUAAACUGGUUGUUCAGUGAGCUUCUGCUGGGGGCAAAUUCAGAAACAGCUUGUAUAGUUUGUCUCUUUUUCUGUCUCUCUAACUCUAUUUCAUGCCUAAAAUACCUAUUUUUGUUGUGUAUUUCUGUUUAGACACUGUUAAACCAUUCUCUGUGUCAAUUCAAAAUGUGUAGAUAAACUGUAAAUUAGAUGUAGGCCUAAAUAUAGGCCAUACCUAUAGAGGAAAGUGAUAUUUUUUUAUCAUGUGUGAAAAUGUUUUACCUUGUCUCAUCUUAUCUCACAUGAGAUAUGGAUAUCGUGUGCACACAAGAUAAAAAUGAUCACCUUUCGGGGUUUUAGGGCUCUGUACAUAUUACCUCAUGUUCUGUUUGUAUAUUGCUUUGUUAAGGUUUAUCAAAUAUAUCAUUCAUAUUCUGCCCUCUCAGUUUCCACAUAUUCUUUCCAAGCUGAAAACAAAUUGAGAAAAGUUGCUGUCGAAAGAAUUGGCUGUAAAUCUGUUUUCCUGCCAUUUACACUUGUUAAACUGUGGUUGAUCAUUGUUUUUAAGGUUGUGUUUUGCUUUAAAAAAAAAAAAAAAAAGUUGUAUUAUGAAGCAGACAGCUACACUUGCUUUCUUACUUUAUCUUAAGGCUCUGUCUUGAAUGUGCUAUUGGAUAAAAUAUAGUUUUAAGACCUUCACUUUCUCAA